GAGAGAAAACCUGGCCGGUGGAUGAGAGAGAAGCGAGACAGCGGAGAGAGAAGUGGACAAACAAAACCCCACCAGCCAGCGGCUACGAGACCAUUCCUCACACAGAAGAGAAUAUAUUCAGUGUUUUUAUUUAUUCUGCAUCACUUUAGAAGAAAGAAGGAGACGCGCGUGUCGACGGAAUACCGUGUUUGACUUCAAGGCAAAUUCCCUGAUGGAUAUUUCACUUGAAAGAUGACUUGACACUUAAAACUAUAGCUCUACCUCGUUGGUCAGAAUACUGUAGCGAUGUUUGAACCUCUCUUUGCAUAGCUUUCUCCAUUCUUCAGUCACCGUGGACUCAAUUACUUGUUUUGGUUUCCCCCUUGAAGGAAGAUUUUCCCAGCUAAGAUGACGGAAAUCAGCGAAAAGGAGAAUGAACCACAAAACCUUCACCGACCACAGGCGACGGUCCCGAGCCAACCUGAAUCAAAGCUGCAGCGGUUGAAGCGCUCCCUCUCCUUCAAAUCUGUCAUGCGCAGCAAAAGCAUGGACAACUUUUUCCAGCGCAGUAACGGCGAUUCCCGUCUCCCCACAGCCCUCAUCACUGUACCCCCACUUCCACCAUCUCCUCCCCCCUUCUCAGAAUCCCCCCUGGCCUAUGAGCGCUCUCCCCCCCAUUCGCCUUCUAACAGUCCCAACGCAUCACUGUCAUCGCACUCCCCGUCCGUCAGUCCCUCGCUGUCUGUAACCUCAAAAGGCCUGCCAAAGUCUCAAGGCCAGCCGGUCAAGACUCACUGUUUCCAGGAGCACGUCUUCCGUAGGCCAACCAGCUGCCAGAGAUGCAAACACAUGAUCCAAGGGAACUCAAAGCAGGGGCUGCGCUGUAAAGCAUGUAAGCUGGCGGCCCAUCUCUGGUGCUCCUCUGAGCUUUCCCAGCAGCCCUGUAAUGGCAAGUCGGGCGCUUUCAAGAGAAACUUCAGCUCUCCUCUGCUCACCACCGAUCAGCUGGGCGUGGUCAGAGAGGCCCCGGCUGCUCAGGAGGCAGAUAACAGCGUUGUUGACCCGGUGUAUGAAGCACUGCGCUAUGGGACAUCACUGGCUCAGAUGAGCCGCUCCAGCUUCAGCAGUAUCUCAGAGUCACCGUGUCAUGAGGAAAACAAUGAGGACAAGCUAGAAAACCAGCCAAUAGCUGAAGAGGAACAAAUACCAGGAAUGCUCACCCCUCCUGAAAGCGAGAAGGCUGAUUCAGAAGACAGGGUCAGCCUGAAGACUCCAAAGAGAGUCGAGGUUCACUCCAUCCACACCUACGUGGCUCUCUACAAGUUUCUGCCUCAGGAGAAGAACGACUUGGAGCUACAGCCUGGUGACAGAAUUCAAGUCACAGACGACUCCAAUGAGGACUGGUGGAAGGGGAAAAGCAGAGACAAGGUGGGAUUGUUCCCGGCCAACUUUGUGCAGCGGGUCCGUCCUGGUGAGCGGGUGUGGAAGGUCACGGAUGGUUUCCACGGUAACCGAGACAAAGGCCAGAUGACUGUGAAAGAAGCCCAGAUCUGUGUGGGUAAGAACGAGGAGACUGAUGGUUUUCUUCGACUGAGCAGCGGGAAGAAGAGGGGCUUGGUCCCGCUGAAGUGUCUGCUAGAAAUAUGACGAGGCUGGCCUUCUUCUUUCUCCUUGACCCUCAGUUUUCAGAAGGAAGUUCACAAUGACUGAGGAAUACUCAGGAGUGUUUACCCGACACCUCACUGAUCGCCAACCAUCCACCUCCACCCCUCCAAAAAAGCGGCACUGAAUUAGCAGCUUGAGCGGCCUCGAAAACCCCUCAACUCUGCUUUCUCACUGCGGAAGAUUUGAAAGGUUAAAGGAAGGAUGGGGGGGGCUUUAUCAACUUUUUUUAGAGCUACUUUUCUUGUAGCACAACUUGACUUUGUGUGCUUUUAAAACACACUCACAAAUAGCUAUGUAGCAACAUCUUGAAGAGGACAGCGUGCAGGAAGCCUGGCUACCUCACUAGCCAUUUCCAUUGGCCAUUUGUAUGAAAAUGGGGACUACUUUACUAUGAUGUCAAGGCCUGUAAAGGGACUUAAUGAGCAAAAUCUGUUCAUUUCAUUGUUUGUGUAGCAAAAACAAGACAUAAAAGAUUGUGAAAGAUUGUAGCUGUUUAUUGUAGUAGCUUGUCCAAACACCUUUUGGUCGGAUGAUUCUUGCCCAACCCUCAGAUCUGCACUGGAAAAAACUCUCAACUACGCAAGUUUUUGUCUUAGUUCUUGCACUAAUUGUCUUAUUAGACUUAAUAUAAGCUUCAUUCACCUGACACACCAAGAUAAGCGUCUUAUUUUAAGAUAUUAUGAGCCCAAAAUAAGGCCUGGAUUGCUUGAAAUGAGUUGAAAAAUCUGCCAUACGUCUAAGAAAAACUACAAGUCAUCAAGUUCUUGAAACUGAACUCUUUUUUUUCAAGAAACUUGAUGACUUAUAUAUUUUCUUUUACACCUUUAGCACAUCUUGAACUCAUUAUAAGUAGUCCAGGUCCUAUUCUUGGCUUGUAAUAACUGCAUAUGUCAGGUGAAUGUGGCUUUUAUUAAAGCUAGGGUUGGUAGUCUCGGAAAACUAGCAUGAAUUUGAAUGUAGCAUUUCCUCAGGACCCCUCUCUCCCCUCGGAGCUCCUCCAAAACGACAUCCCCGCUCACAUGCACGAGCGCCGCUGAUUUGCGACCAUAUGAUCGUGACUGAUUCAAAACCAGUCCUCAGCACAUCAUUUUUGUUUUGCACUAUAUCAACUCAUGUCUCACAGAGCAGUAAGAAAACACCAAAACAUUAUCAUAGUGAAAGUUAAAAACACAAACAAACAUGGCUGCUGUUAGUACUCACAACUGUCAUGCUAGCAUACUGGUGACACGAUGUCAGGAGAAAAGUUAUAACACAUAUAAUACUGUAACAACUCUACUGUUUGUUAAACAUGUUCAGUGUAGAUGUUCUUAAUUCCUACAGUGUUGACAGUCAGUGAAGGCAUCAGGAGAGGUGUAGAGUGUGUGAGGAGGAGAGAGGAGAGACAAGCAGGAGAAGUUUUUCAUUCAUUCAAACAUUGAUUGUUGCUUUGUUGGUCGGCGUGAUCACAGCCGACAGUGACUGGUUAGUAAAGCUCAACGUGUUCACGAAUCAGCUCGUCAUCCCUACAGCGUCUGGACGGACGCUACGAUACAUAAACAUUUCUGUAGGACUUACUGAAUGUCAUUCAUUCUUUUGCCUGAGCAAAGCACCUCAUCGGGUCAGAGGGGACAGGCCUGAGGUCGAGCGAGAGGGGCAGUGAAUAGAGUCAGGGGAAGAAGAGGCAGGGGGCCGGGAGUGAACGCCGGGGAAAUGUACGCGCAAGAGGCGGGCAGAACGGCAGGACGGGAUUUGAUUGGUUUAAAAAAUUGGACCCCAAAAACGGUGAUUGGUUGGUGUUUUCCCUGGUUUACUCCAGCUGUAGAUAGCAGCUUUUUUUCACUCUUUUUUAAGAACACAUUAUGUAUUGUUUGCCAUCGGGACAUAUAGAUCAUUUUAACCAGUAUAACAAAAAGUGUGUCUAAAUCUGACUACCAACCCCAGCUUUAACUCUAAUAAGACAAUUUUAUGUGAAAUAAGACAAAAAACAGUGGCUUAAUUUUGAGUUUUUGUAGUGUGGCUCAAUUAAGAGUGUAAACAAUGAAGCUCCGUCUCACAAUGAGCACUUUAAUUCAGAUUAAUGACGUGCAGACGUGUGUCCCUCCUGCUCUGACCAGAAAAGGAAUCAGGUAGAACAUGGUGUGUGUCCAAAAAAUAGAAAACAAAAGUCUUCUCUUCCACAUCCUGGUCAAAUGAAAGUCAUAACCUAACCUCCACACACACACAAAGAUACAGACACAGACACACACACCCACACACACCCUGGGUAUUACGGUACAUUUGUGCUCUUCACAGCUCCAAUGUGACAAAUGCUUUGCGUGCACCUGAGGGAGCCUCUCUCUCAGUGCACCCUUCAAUCCCCCCCCUUUUUACGCGCACUAACACACAUCGAUUUUAUAUUUAUAGUCCACUUUGUUUCAUGUAUCUCUAAAAAUCAGCCGCUAGAAUCUACUUCCUGUCAUCCUCCUCAGAGCUGUUUUAUUGUCUCUUGUUAUCUCCUGUGAUAGUCACCGUCAUAUCUCAAACAUGUCUUGACUUUGCUGAUGUACUUGCUUUUUUUGCAUGGAAGAGCAGAGCAAAGAAAUCCCGUAAAAAAAAAUCCAACCUCUGUGUUUCUGUCCAAAAAAUGUGUUGAAGGUUGUCAAACCUCAAGUCUCUCAGAGGAUCAUGUUCCAAACUUCAGCUGUCAAAAGAGGGAUGAAUUUUUGAUGAAUGGCUUAUGUUUCUCCCACCACAUGAGCUUUGCUUUUAAGCCACUCUGAGACACUGUUUAUGUUGCUGUUAUUUAAGGGGAUAAAAGGCAAAUCAGGCACACACCGCUGGAUUUAUGCUGUCACCAUGAACCAUAGAGCAGUGACAAACUGCAUUUGUUACGGCAAUAAAUGUAAAUAAAAACAUGCUAUAAUUUGUAAAUAGCCUUAUAGAUAUACUGUAUAUACUGGCUCUGAUAGCAUUCUGACCUAGAGGUUUGCAGCUGUCCAAGAGCCAACUAAGGGCAUUAACUCUACAGCUAUAAAUUACAGAGGAUUAUUAUUUAUUAUCCCACUUACUGAUGUAUGCAUCCUAAUGCUCAAUUAACACUUAGCUCUGUCAGCACAAACUUUUCAACUACUAUGCACAACAGUUCCAGUCACUUCACAUUAUUUUGUACUCAGCUUUUUUCCAGCGUAGCCACACGCACACACACAAACAUACAGUCUAUACCAGUACUUUUGCAGAUAUUUGAAUUUGAACUCUUGCUCUGGAAGUAUACAGUGUUCAUCAUCUUGGAUCAGUCUGCACCGUGCGAAACAUCUCCAUCCACUAACUACAACAUAGACUGGCUCAGGAUCAGUAUUAUCCAGGUGAAUUUCCUUCCCCACCUUGAUGCACACAAACAGGCUAGUUCUUUGCAUGGCUAGCUGCCCUUUGAUCGUCACAUCUCUCAAUAAAAUCAGAUGAACUGGUUAA